AUGUCUUCUGAAAACGAGUCAACUUCGCAGAGCUUAGGCUCUACAAAUGUGGACUCUUCAGCCGACCUUGUGUUGCCUGCCACUCACAACUUGGCACCUUCAACGCUACCCAAGUUUGAAGACCUUCCAUCCGCUACCACGCCAUCCACGAUGAUGCCACCGGCUACUCCUGUUAUGAAACAGGGUGGUUCCAUCAAAAGUGAGAAUAGCCCAAGUAGUGAAAGCCAAACAGUCCCCACUACGCCGUCUGCGCCGCAGUUUUCGCCUACUAGAGCCGGUCUUGGACUUCCGGUGGUUCCGAGGACGCCGGACAGACCUACUUUGUCCGAGGGACUCGAAGAAACGCCACUAUUGUCGCCAAUGGGCUCUGCAAAACGGCGGUCGGCUGACUUUUAUUCACUGCUGAAGUCCCCGGAGAGAAUCGGCAAGCAGAAUUGGGAUGCUGGGGUGAAGAGGAGGUCUUUGGAGUUAUACAACGUGAUCAAUAAAUCACCUGACCGAGUGGGAUUUGUGUUCCAUGACUCUGCCAAAUCCCCAAAGAGACAGAGUCCGUACAGAGUGAACAAGAAGAACCCGGCCGAGAUUAAAGAGAUCUCCGAAACGCUCAAAACAAAACUGAACUACGCCGCAUUGAAGGUUCAGAAUGGUUGGGGAAACAAGUCCCUGGAAGAGCUGGAAAAGACAAUUGACGAUGCGAAGAAAGAUCAAGAACCUUCUGCGACGCGUCACGAGCUGAUACAGCCCAGUUUCGGUUUCAGCCGGGGUGGGAUUGCCGCGAAACCGAGAAGCCCGAGUGGCUCUAAACCCGGAAUGAGACUGUCACUGGACCAGGUGGCCAGUCGACCACAUCAACAGAACAAUAAGCAUCUUCGAGUGGGAAGUAACGAUGAGGGAUUCGCAGAUCUGGCUCUCUACAGCGCGUUGAGCAGCCGGAAAAACAGUGUUUCCCACAACGAUGAAGACGUUGCCGAGAAGGAAGCGGUGAUGUCGUUGAUGUCGCUUUCUUCGCCUGUGAAGAAAACACCGCCUUUUCCUCUGCCAAGUUAUAACGGCACUCACAGUAACGGACAUAGUGUCCAUGGAAGCCCGCCUCCGAGAGGUGCCUACAACUUCAUGCCAAGGUCCUCCACUCAACUCCCACCAUUGAGGAGCCCGUCCAGGCCCACCUACGAGAGCGCAGUGAUGACGGAUUCCGAUGACAACGAGACAGAUGUUGAUGAAUCGGAAAUUCCGAAGACCCAGUCGGUAAAACCAAUUGACGAUGAUGACGAUGCGCGGACUGCUAGUGAUUAUAGUGAGGGGUGA